UAAAAUAUAUUUGACUGUGCGUGCAUCUCGGACUUUACUUUCGUUGUGUAUUUCAUUUUCCUUGAUCAAAAAUAUUCAGACAAAAAUUACAAAACCAAGAAAAAACAGACAAAAACGUCAAGAAACUCGGAAUAUAAACAAUUUGAAAGUAUUGUCUAGUGUAUUCUUGUGUUUUCUAAAUAAUUUAUUUCAAUGUACAAAGCAAAAGGUGUUAAGCCAACUACGAAAACUCGGCCUCAAAUUCCAUCGUCUUCGUUUUCGUUGUGAAAAAAUUGCAUUUUUUCUUAUUCGUUUAUCGUUUUGUUCGAUCGUUCUCGUUCCAAUACGUUUUUUUUUGUCUUUUUGUAUUUUAAUUUUAUUUUUCUUCUCAACAUAAGACGACGUGUCAAGUGUGGGUGAGGGUGGUGGUUUCGGUGGGUGGAGUGUGGUGUGUGAACUGUAAAUCCAAUAUCAAAACAAUAGAGGGCUAAUGGAUGGAUCCGAUGGAUCACCUCCUCAAUCACUGUGCAUGAUUCGAGCAGCCGAACUUUUUCCCAAACCACCAAUGGAGAAAGAAGACGUACAACUGACAGUUCCCUUCACAGAACUUGCUGGUGAAUCGGUUAAAUAUCUCGGACGAACAGAUGAUGGAGUCUUAGCUUUGUCUAACUAUCGAAUAUUUUUAUUAAAAAAUUCAAUUAAUUCAGAAACAUCUGUUCCAUUGGGACUAAUUGAAUCGGCACAGUCACGUGAUUUAUUUCAUUUGGUUAUCAAUUGCAAAGAUGCAAGCACAGUUAAAUGUUCCUUUGAGACUGCCGAACAAUGCUCGGAAUGGCAGAGACGAAUAACGUUAUCUGUUGGAGUACCUGAAAGUCUGGAAUCGUUAUUUGCGUUUCCAUUUUGUACAUGGACCUGGGAUGGCAUGUCCUCGGGUGAGAAUUCGGAUUUUUCGGAACGAUUACAACGCUCGGGACGCUAUGAUGAGGACUUUCGACGUGAAGUCGAACGAUUGCAGUUCGAUUUAAAUGGUUCUUGGCGAAUCAGUCAUGCCAAUGAAGACUUUAAGCUAUGUCCUUCGUAUCCGCAGAAAUUAUUAGUUCCUUGUUGUAUAUCCGAUGAGACACUGCAUAAUGUGGCAAAUUUUAGAGGAUCGCGACGAUUGCCAGCUGUUGUAUGGAGACAUAAAAAAUCUGGAGCAGUUAUUGCACGAUGUAGUCAACCAGAAGUAGGUUGGCUUGGUUGGCGGAAUUCAAAGGAUGAACAAUUAUUGAAAGCCUUGGCAGAAGCGUGUGCUUUUGAUCGAGGAGAGCAAGGUCGUCGCCAGAAUUUAUGUCGCUCUGGAGACAGUACUCCGUCUAGUCCAGAAGGCAGCCACGAAGAAGUUAUUCUCGAUGAAGUCAGGAAAAUUCUUAUUGUUGAUGCAAGAAGCUAUACGUCUGCCGUCACUAAUCGGGCGAGAGGUGGUGGCUGUGAAUGCAUCGAGUACUACCCAUGUGCUGAAAUCGAGUUCAUGAACUUGAGCAACAUACAUGUGAUCAGGAAAAGUUUUCAGGCAUUACGCCUGUUGUGUGCUUCACCACCAGACGUACCUAAUUGGCUUGGUCUAUUGGAGAAAAGUAUGUGGUUGCAACAUCUUUCUGGUCUAUUGGCUGCCUCAGUUACAAUCUGUCAUGCGAUUGAAAAGAAAGGUCGCCCAGUUUUGGUUCAUUGUUCAGAUGGUUGGGAUAGGACGCCACAGUUGGUGGCCACCGCACAAUUGUGUCUCGAUCCGUUUUAUAGGACUGUUGAGGGAUUUCGAAUACUUGUGGAACGUGAAUGGCUUAGUUUUGGUCAUAAGUUUGCUGAUCGUUGCGGCCAUGGACCCGGUUCGGAUGAAUUAAAUGAACGAUGCCCGGUGUUUUUGCAAUGGUUGGAUCUGGUUCAUCAAAUCCAUAAACAGUUUCCUUGCUGUUUUGAAUUCAGCAUGGGCUAUUUGAUCAAACUUGCCCAGCACUCACUGUCUUGCCUUUUUGGUACAUUCUUUUGCAACACACUUAAAGAACGGAUUGAGAAUUCGGUGUUCGAACGAACAUUUUCUGUUUGGCCAUUCUUAUCAGGGCCAAUGUACAGAAAUCCGUUGUAUGUUGCAAAUAAAGAAAAAGUUUUAUGGCCUGCACACAAUGUAAGAGACUUAUCACUAUGGACUGAAGUGUAUUUAGGAAGUUUAGGUAAUCAAAAUGGGGUAGAUUUUCCACCGAGCAACUCGGACAACGUACAAGGAUUGGCAAGUCCAAUGGCAAAAACAAGGUCUUAUGGUGAUCUUAUUACAGCUGGGAUUAAUCAAAAUGGGAUCUCUAGGAGAUCAAGUGAUCCAAAUAUGACUGUUGAACCUAGUUUGAUGAUAGUUAACAAUUCACAAACAAACUCAAUCAGCGAUGUCCUAUCUGACCGUGAAGACUCACCGGAUAUUAUCGCAACUCUGAUUCACGACACAACUGAAAGGCUGCAACAUCUUACAAAUGAACUUAAUCAACACGAUGACGAUGAUAACUUUAAGACUACUACAACAAGUACAACUUUAACAACAACUACAUCUACACAACAAGUUGAAACCGCCCGAAGAAAAUCUAAUGCUUCUGACCUUUGCACUGAAAAACAACAACAAUUAUUAUUAAAUGAGCACAAAAUGUUUGAUGACAUCACAAAAGAAUAUAAUCUGACUGUGAAUGGAUUAAGUGGCGACAGUAAUGCUUCCGCUACCGAUACUAAUGGAAUUGAAAUUGCUAACGAGAAUGGAACUAAUGGAACAAAAGAGAUGCAUGAGGAUGUUAGUGAGAUUAGAGACACAGUUGAUGGUUCAAAGAAUACUCUUGACAUGAAUCCGGAUUUAAUGCAAAGUGUCGAUUUAGGAGUUUCAGAUACCACCACCAACUAUAAUCUACUUACACCAUCUGGAGAUACAACUGAUUUGAAUGAUAUUCACAACGCUUGGCAUGGCUCUGUCAAUACCAGCACUGAUACACUUGUGCCAAUGUCUGAAAUGCAACACUCACCAAACAAUAGCUUAAUGCAAUCUAUUGAUACGAAUGCGGCUAUAAAUUGUAAGGACUCAACCACACAAUUAAGUCCGUUUAGAACAACCAAUGGUGGUGAAAUGGGUACUGUUGAAGAGCCUGUCGACCGAAUUGUCCAAAGAGAAGAGAAGAGGCCCGUCGCAAAUGCAACAAUUUUGCCAAAAGUCCAUAGCAAGCCAAACUUGUCUAUGUUAAGUAGUUGUAGUUUAAAUAGCAAUUCAACAAAUCCAAUGGAAGAAAGUAUUCUCAUUUUGCCAGAACAUCCGAAACUCGAGAUAUCAAUAAGUGGAAAAUGUGAAACAGUUAUUAAUAGUUCAUCAUCAACAUCACAUAGGCGACGAAGAACACUCUCCUCAAACUCAAGAAAAGAGUUUACAACCAAUGGAAAAAACACAAAUGGAAGUUCCACUGUUUCAAGGUUUUCAACUCCUGGCGUACGUUCCCUUCCACUUACCCCUCCGGGUAUGCCAGAACGGCCACAAAUUGCAAUUUCCUGCCCAGAUGGCUUAUCCCAUGCGCUAAGCGAACAAAAUAUAAGACUUCAACAAAUCGUUCAUGAGCAUAAAGUUCGUGAAGAUGCACUCCUUCGAGAACUACAUGGAAUGCGAAUGGCUCUCUUAAAAAAAAUCUGUCCUAGCUGUAACAGUGCUCCAGUUGUCAACGACGAACAGGUAGAUGUGAUCAUGAAUCAAGAGAAUAAUUUAUUAAGCCUUUGCUACUGUUAUUCGUCUAGAAAUCAAAGAAGAUAUUGUGAAGAUGGUGCAAUGUAUUGUGGGAGUAGAUCGCUAUCGCCGUGUUCUGUACUAGACAAUGGUGAAAAUCUGUCAGUGUGUUCGUGGGAGGCUGUAGAAGACCGCAGUGGGGCUUCUUCUUGUGCCAGUUCUAUACAGCCGACCAGUAGUGUACUUUGGGUUCCUGAUCAUGCGGUAUCUCGUUGCACCAGCUGUCAAACAGAGUUUUGGCUGGGCCGACGGAAACAUCAUUGCCGUUCAUGUGGACAGAUUUUUUGUGCUGAUUGUUCAGAAUUCUGGGCACCCCUACCCGAUGAGAAACUUUUUAGUGAUGUAAGAUUAUGUGGGCCCUGCUACCACUCAGUGACAACACGAAUGCAGUUACAGAACCGGAGUGUCAGUAAUUUUUCGAGUAAUAAUCAGUAUAAUAAUCAAAGCAGUAGCAGCAGCAUAAGCACAUCAAAUUGUCCAUUAGAAGUCAAUUUAAACACAUCAUCAGCAACGUCCCCAUCACCCCUAAACAAUAAUCUUAAUAUUAAUGUUAAUGUUACCUCAAGUGCAGCAAUGGAAGCGUGCAAACAUGCGGUAAAUCCACCUCGGAAUGAUCGUGGCCUUCUAAAAGCCACAACUGCUUCCAAUUAAAGAUAAAAACAAAGGAACAACAACAAAGAAAAACAAGUAAACAUCAUUUAAAUAAGUAAAAAUAAAUAACAUCACUUAACAAAAUUCAAACGAUAUCGUAUGGUUUAAAAAGAAAAGAAAUUAUAUAUAAAAAUGUACACAUACCAAAAUGUGUGCAUAUAUAGAUUGUACAUAUUGUGGGGUUUUGAAGAAACACGACACAACCCAAUUAAAAUGAUAAACAAAUUUGGGUAAAAAGCCCAUUUUUUUAAAAUGAUAUUUAUUGAGUUGAGUCGUAUCUCUUGAAAAUUGGCGAUAUAUAAUCAUGUGAGAUCAAAUUACAAAGAAAAAAACAAAAACAUGUAACUUUACUAUAUAUGUUCCCUUUUAAAUCCUCUUUUUAUGUUAUGUUAUCAUCACAAAACAAAAUAAGAACAAAAAAAAUAUAAAUUUAUGCCUAAUUGUGUAUUUAUUUGUUGUUAAGUUUAAAGCGAAAUCGAAAGAAAAAAAAUUAAUUUAUGUUUAAGAAUUUAAAGUAUAAAAAUAAAAUAUAUAAAAUGCAUAAGAAAACAAAAACAAAACAAUUUUGAAAUAUAUAAAUAUAGACAAAAAUUAUUGCUUAAAAAGUGAAUUAAAAAAUAUAUAUAUGGAUUAAAAAAUUAAAAAAAAAAAACAUAAAUAAAGCCGAAAAAUGCAUUAUACCGGAAAUUCUUACUUGAAAACUGGAAGACAAAGAUAUAUUAUUAUGUAAAAACUUAUAACUGCAUACAAUAAAAAUAUUUAAAAAUUAAAAAACAAAAAAAUAA